UUAUUUUUUGAUUUCGUGUGUGAGACAAUUUACGAUUACAUAGUCAUACAAUACAAAUCUCUUGUCUUUCUCUCUCCUGUUGUUUCUCUCUCUAGGGUUCUGUAAAUUCAAAUUUGGGCGUUUCAAAUCUCGUGAUGCAAAAUUGAAGAGAGGCGGAGAAGAUGAGUCUGCGCAGGGGUUCGAAAGUGUGGGUGCAGGAUAGAGACUCCGCCUGGGUUGCGGCUGAGGUCACCGAUUUUAUUGGCAAACAAGUUCAACUCCUCACUGAAUUUAACAAGAAGGUACUGAUUCUGCCGGAUAAGUUGUUUUUGAGAGAUGAGGAGGCCGAUCAUGGAGGAGUUGAUGACAUGACUAAAUUGACAUAUUUGAAUGAGCCUGGUGUGCUUGAUAACUUGAGGAGGAGAUACGCUCUCAAUGAAAUCUAUACUUACACAGGAAGCAUUUUAAUUGCUGUAAAUCCAUUUACCAAGCUUCCCCAUCUAUACAAUGUGCACAUGAUGGAGCAAUAUAAGGGGGCUCCUUUUGGCGAGUUAAGUCCCCAUGUUUUUGCUGUUGCUGAUGCAUCUUACAGAGCAAUGAUUAAUGAGUCUCAGAGCCAGUCAAUAUUAGUUAGUGGAGAAAGUGGAGCCGGGAAAACCGAGACAACAAAAUUGAUAAUGCAAUAUCUUACUUAUGUUGGUGGUCGUGCUGCCAGUGAUGAUAGAACAGUUGAACAACAAGUUUUAGAAUCGAACCCACUGUUGGAGGCAUUUGGUAACGCUCGAACUUCUAGAAAUGAUAAUUCAAGUCGUUUUGGAAAGUUUGUGGAGAUUCAAUUUGAUAAAAGUGGUAGAAUAUCAGGAGCUGCAAUUAGAACCUAUCUUCUCGAAAGAUCUCGCGUGGUUCAAAUAACUGACCCAGAAAGGAAUUACCAUUGCUUUUACCAGCUUUGUGCUUCUGGAAGGGUUGCAGAUUCAUACAAGCUAGCUCAUCCACGCAACUUCCACUACUUAAACCAGAGUAACGUUUACGAAUUAGAAGGAGUAAGCAGUGCCGAGGAAUACAUGCGGACGAGAAGGGCUAUGGAUAUUGUUGGUAUCAGUCACGAAGAACAGGAAGCGAUAUUUCGGACUCUAGCUGCUAUUCUGCAUCUUGGAAAUAUUGAGUUUGCCCCUGGCAAAGAGCAUGACUCAUCGGUUAUUAAGGAUCAGAACUCUAAUUUCCACCUGCAGAUGGCUGCUAAUCUUUUCAUGUGUGACUUGAAUCUUUUGCUUGCUACACUCUCAACCCGUUCAAUUCAGACCCGUGAAGGAAAUAUUGUCAAGGCUCUUGACUGUAAUGCUGCUGUUGCAAGCCGCGAUGCUUUGGCAAAGACUGUUUAUUCUCGCCUAUUUGAUUGGCUGGUUGAGAAGAUUAAUAGAUCAGUUGGGCAAGAUACUAAUUCUCGGAUGCAAAUAGGGGUAUUGGACAUAUAUGGAUUUGAGUGCUUUAAGCAUAACAGUUUCGAGCAGUUCUGCAUAAAUUUUGCAAAUGAAAAGCUUCAGCAGCAUUUCAAUGAGCAUGUAUUUAAGAUGGAGCAGGAAGAGUAUCGCAAGGAAGAAAUCAAUUGGAGCUAUAUUGAAUUUAUUGAUAACCAGGAUGUCCUGGAUCUGAUAGAAAAGAAGCCUAUAGGACUAAUUGCUCUUCUGGAUGAAGCUUGCAUGUUUCCAAAAUCAACUCAUGAAACAUUUUCAAACAAGCUUUUUCGCAAUUGUGGCAGCCACCCUAGAUUGGACAAGGCAAAAUUUUGUGAAACAGAUUUCACUCUCUCCCAUUAUGCUGGCAAGGUCACAUAUCAGACGGAUACAUUUCUAGACAAAAAUCGUGACUAUAUCGUGGUUGAACACCUUAAUCUUUUAUCCUCCUCCAAAUGCUCCUUUGUUUCUGGUCUUUUUCCUUCUGUAGCAGAGGAAUCUACAAGAUCCUCAUACAAGUUUUCUUCAGUGGCGUCUCGGUUUAAGCAACAACUUCAAGCUCUUAUGGAGACCCUGAGUGCAACGGAGCCUCAUUAUAUCCGAUGUGUAAAGCCAAACUCUUUGAACAGGCCUCAAAAAUUUGAAAAUCAAAGUAUAUUGCAUCAGUUACGCUGUGGGGGAGUUUUAGAGGCUGUUCGGAUAAGUCUAGCAGGUUAUCCCACUCGGAAGACUUAUAAUGAAUUUGUAGAUCGUUUUGGGCUGCUUGCCAUGGAAAUAAUGGAAGGAUGUUAUGAUGAAAAAUCCAUGACUGAGAAAAUAUUAAAGAAGUUAAAGCUUGAGAAUUUCCAGUUGGGAAAGACUAAAGUCUUUCUCAGGGCUGGCCAGAUUGGUAUUUUAGACUCUCAACGCGCGGAGGUCCUUGAUGUUGCUGCAAAGCGUAUUCAAGGCCGAUUGAAAACAUUUAUCAAACGCAGGGAAUUCAUUGCGAAUCGGAAUUCUGCAGUUUCUCUACAAGCAUAUUGCAGAGGGCAUCUUGCUCGUAAAACAUAUGCUGCAAUAAGGGAGGCCGCAGCUGCCAUUACGAUUCAGAAAUAUGUAAGGGGAUGGCUGCUCAGGCAUGCAUAUAUGCAGUUCUGUUCCUCGGCCCUACUUAUGCAGGCAUGCAUUCACGGUUUCUUGACUCGUCAGAGAUUUUUGCGUAGGAAAAGACAUAAGGCUGCUACUAUUAUUCAGGCUCAAUGGAGGAUGCGCAAGGUGCGUGCUGCUUAUAGUCAUCGACAAUCUAACAUAAUAGCAAUUCAGUGCCUAUGGAGGCGAAAAUUGGCAAGAAGAGAGCUUCGGAAACUUAAAAAGGAGGCUAACGAGGCUGGUGCUCUUCGCCUUGCUAAAACAAAGCUUGAGAGGCAGUUGGAUGAUCUUACCUGGCGGUUGCAAUUGGAAAAAAGAUUGCGGGUAUCAAAUGAAGAAGUAAAGGGAGUGGAAAUCACAAAACUUCAGAAGACUGUGGAAUCGUUAAGUCUUGAAUUGGAUGCUGCCAAGUUGGCCACAGUUAAUGAAUGCAACAAGAAUGCUGUACUGCAAAAUCAGCUGAUGUUGUCGAUGAAGGAAAAAUCAUCUCUGGAAAGAGAGCUUAGUUCAUUGGCUGAUCUAAGAAAUGAAAAUGCAUAUUUAAAGAAUACCUUAAACAUCUUUCAGGCAAAGAAUUUGGCACUUGAACAAGAUCUUGCUAAAGCUAAACAAGAUACUGACGAUACUGUUAAGAAGUUGAGGGAAGUUGAACAAACAUGCUCCCAGUUACAGAAGGAUUUGCGAAGUUUGGAGGAGAAGCUCUUAAACAUAGAUGGCGAGAAUCUGGUUCUACGGCAAAAAACAUUGAUUUCAACUCCAAAAAGCAACUUGCCUGGCUUUGCUAGACCAUUUAUGGAUAAGUUCUCUGGUGCAGUUGCUUUUCCGUCCAUUGAUCAGAGAUCUACGUUUGAAUCACCUACACCCACCAAAAUUAUUCAACCGCCUUCACAAGGUCAAUCUGAUUCACGGCGUGCAAAGUUAACUUUGGAAAAACAUCAGGAGAAUUAUGACAUCCUCUCACGGUGCAUACGGGAGAAUUUGGGAUUCAAAGAUGGCAAACCAGUUGCUGCUUGUGUUAUUUAUAAAUGCCUUCUACAUUGGCACGCCUUUGAAUCUGAGAGAACGGCCAUCUUUGACCAUAUUAUUGAGGAAAUCAAUACUGCUCUGAAGGCAGAGGAUGAGGAUUCCAUAUUGCCUUACUGGCUGUCUAAUGCAUCGGCACUUCUAUGCCUCCUGCAGAGAAAUAUACGUUCUAAUGGGUUCUUGUCUGCAAGUUCUAAGCGUUCUGCUGGUUCCACCGGGCUAAAUGGGAGGAUUGCACAAGGUCUAAAAUCUCCUUUCAAAUAUAUUGGAUACGAGGAUGGCUUGUCGCACACGGAAGCAAGAUAUCCUGCUAUUUUAUUUAAACAACAGUUGACUGCCUGUGUGGAGAAGAUUUUUGGUUUGAUUCGUGAUAAUCUGAAGAAAGAAAUAUCUCCAUUGUUGGGUCUCUGCAUCCAGGCACCCAAAAUUCAAAGAGUUCAUGGUGGAAAAUCAUCGAGAUCACCCGGAACUGCUCCUCAACAAUCACCUGGUAGUCAAUGGGAUAGCAUCAUCAAAUUUCUGGAUUCCCUUAUGAAUCGUCUACGUUCAAAUCAUGUUCCCUCAUUUUUCAUUCGUAAAUUGGCGACCCAGGUUUUCUCGUUCAUCAAUAUUUCACUCUUUAAUAGUCUUCUAUUGCGGAGAGAAUGUUGCACGUUUACAAAUGGGGAAUAUGUGAAAUCUGGUCUGGCAGAGUUGGAAAAAUGGAUUGUCAAUGCAAAGGAUGAGUUUGCAGGAACGUCCUGGCAUGAACUAAAUUAUAUUCGGCAAGCUGUUGGUUUUCUGGUAAUCCACCAAAAGAGAAAGAAAUCGCUUGAAGAGAUAAGGCAAGAUCUUUGCCCGGCGUUGACCGUGAGACAAAUUUAUCGGAUAAGUACUAUGUACUGGGAUGAUAAGUAUGGAACUCAAAGUGUCUCAAACGAGGUAGUCAGUGAAAUGAGAGAGAUUUUGAACAAAGAUUCUCAAAAUUUAACAUCCAAUUCAUUUCUUCUGGAUGAUGAUUUGAGUAUUCCAUUUUCCACCGAAGACAUAUAUAUGGCGAUUCCUCAAAUAGAUCCUUCUGAUAUAGAAGUUCCACCAGUCUUGGCUGAACAUCCGUCUGUACAGUUUUUGCUGAGCAAGUAGUGUUGUGCAGCAUCCUUGGUUUUUUUUGGAUGUAUGUUUUUUAGACCAUGCACAGACGCUAGCUUUGUCCAUCCAAGAAUGCAUAACUAAUAUAUACAAAGGAUCAGUCUGUGAAUGCUGGUAUGAUUAAGUGCACAAAUGAUGAUAAUCACGCACUUCCACAGUCAGUACGUUGGGCGAUUUAUUCUUGCGAAUCAGAUAAAAGCUGGAAAUUCAAUGAAGCCAAAGUAAGUGAUUCUAGCAAGUCUUGUAUAUAUCAUGGAGCUGCAGGUAACAAGGUUCUCGUAAAGCUUCUCACUUUAGGCCCUAUUCUCAUCUUAGGUAGGUGUCAUCAGUCUUGAUGUUGUAAAUCUAUAUUUAGGUUCCACAACUUAGUUAGGUGCCUUAGCCACUGUUCUCACCCAAUCCCUUUUAGCUGCAAUGCUGUUCUGGUCAAGACACUAGAAUUUCCUUUAUCCCUAAACUUCGUAUGUACUAUAAUUUACGGUUUUUAUUAAACUUUGUUCUGAAUUUUUUUUUA